CUGGUGAACGGUUUGUCAUAAUGACUCUACGAUACAUUUGGAUGUAGGUACAGGAGAUCUGGCCCAGUAGAGAUGUUUAACUCCACAUGUUGACAAGUUAAAGAAUGACAGCGGACAGGGAGGGGAAGAUUAUACAUUUGUCACACUGGACGAGCAAAUCAAUGAAAGACUGUUAUAUAGUCAGCAUAGUUUCUGAAAUAGGCGAGGGGAGUUUACAGCCAGUUUAACGUGGACUACAUCUCACACGUUUUUCUCCCUUCGCGUAGUCACGGAAGCGCUUGGAAGGAAUUUGAUUUCAUUCAAUGUUUUAAAGUUCGUUUGUGAUCCUGACGCACCUGAAUUAGAAUGGGAAUUUCACCACAUUGCAUACUUGCGUAGCGUUCCGCGACCUGAAAAAAGUUACAAGUUAUAUAGAAUUGUAAAUCGUUUACGGCCCAUAUGAUAAUUAGCAGUAAGUGAGGGUUGUAUAGCUAGCCGAUGGUAUAAUUUUACCUGGUGUGUCUGGCUCAGCAAACGUAAGAGAGUUAAUGCUAUACAUCAAAAACUUUAGCCGUACAAUUCGGCUAUAAAUCUGAUACGAAGAAUUAAAUUAUAUUGGAAACUAUGUGGCAUCAACUGCGCCCUCUAUCGAUAAUGUGACGGGAGAGACAACUCUGAGAUUUUUAUUGAAGGAUGUUAACUAUAAAUUGUCUAGAAGAUGCGUCUUUAGCAGUAUGGAACCACACAAUUCGAGGGUUACUAUUUCAACGCUAAAUGAUGAAGUGGAAGCAAACUUGUCAAUUAAGUUAUCUUUACGUGAUGAAAUGAUGGCUUAGAGUUAACUCUUAGCAUACAAAAAACAAGGACGGAUUUUCUAUCCGGAAUCCUUUUCAAAGUGACGAGAGUUUCCAAGGCCGUCCAAUAGUGCCGAGUAGGGAGUCCUUAUGUUCCGGUGGUUGGCCGGCUUGUUCCCUGGGAUAAACAUAUGGAACAUGUGGCUGGGCGGUGGACACAGGACAUCGUCAAUUUUGUGGAUAAUACUAGUGCUUUAUUUACUAACUUUACACCAAUCGGGGGCACUUUCGCAGGUCGUGGCCCUCCGUGCUAACAUCAUCUGUAAUAAGAUUCCAGGACUAGCACCAAAACAGCGGUCUAUAUGUAGGAAAAGACCAGACGCUAUUGUCACUAUUGGGGAGGGAGUACAGAUGGGCAUGAAGGAGUGUCGUCAUCAAUUUAGAAACAAUCGUUGGAACUGCUCUAGUAUAGGAACAGACUACAACAUGUUUGGGAAUACCCAUCCUGUAGCCAGCAAAGAAGCCGCCUUUUCCUAUGCAGUGACGUCAGCAGGAGUAACGUAUGCAAUCACACAAGCUUGUAGUUUGGGGAAAUUAAAACGGUGUAGUUGUGAUAAGUCUAAGAGGAAAGGCAAAUUCACGUCCCGUGGUUGGAGGUGGGGCGGCUGUAGUGCGGACAUAAGACACGGACUUAAGUUCGCAAAGAAAUUCUUAGACGCUCGUGAAAUAGAACAAAAUUCAAGACCAUUAAUGAAUCUCCAUAAUAACAGAGCGGGCAGAAAGGCUGUCAAGGAGCACAUGGGGACGGAGUGCAAGUGUCACGGUGUUUCGGGAGCUUGUUCUUUGAAAACGUGCUGGACAACUUUGCCAUCUUUUCGGAGAAUAGGUGAACAUUUAUACAAAAAGUAUAACAAAUCUAAAAUGGUGGUACCUUAUUACGCCACUAGGAACCGCAUACCCACCUUUUUGACUUUGAAAAGAUCUAAGCGUGCCCAUGCAAAACCGCGCCGCUCUGAUCUGGUAUAUCUUAAGAAAUCCCCAAAUUACUGUGAUUUUAACUCGUCCACUGGUUCCUUGGGAACAGUAGGCCGGAAGUGUAACAGAACAUCUUCCGGUACGGAUGGCUGUGAUUUGAUGUGUUGUGGGCGUGGCUACAAUACACACCAAUACACAAAGACUGACCAGUGUCACUGUAAGUUUCACUGGUGCUGUUACGUCCAGUGUCGUGAGUGUAGUGAGCGGACGGAAGAAUAUGCUUGUAAAUGAGCAUACUCACACGCAUGAGCAAUGCUAGUACGUUGUUAACCACGACACAAGAAAAGGUGCACGUGCGCUUUCCUGGAUCUGGAUUGCUGCUAAGUAAAGUGCUUUUAUUUACACUUUGUGAUACGCUGGACGUGACCACCAUGACGUCACCAAGACGUUACCGUGAUAUUUCACCUUGUGGUUUGUGAAAACAAAGCUGACUUACGUGCUGAAAACGAAGUCAUCGACGUUUAUUGGAUCCCCUAUGUUAUGGGCAUUCGGUGCGUUCGUGCGGUAGAAUAACAAGGUCGUUGCCUUCUGCUCGACCGGAGGUUUUCUCUGCGACAUCGAAGUACUGCGCACGUGCGGGUGAGUCCGGACUAUAAAAGAGGUUACCCGGUUUUACAAACAAACUUGUCAUAAAUAGACGAUGGUGUUUUAACAAAACAAAACUCACAUAUGACCAAGGAUUUAAAACCAAAAUGUUUUAAUGACGCAAAAUAACGUUCAUCUACAAUGACACCAUCAUCAUCAUGAUGACUUUCUAUUUAUUUUAACGUAUUUGUACCCCCGUGUACUGUAAGUAGGAGACAGAUUAUCAGACACGUGAUAAACACGUGUCACGCGUGCUACUUCCAACUGUCUCGCAUUCAUGAACAAAUAUGACAUGAACAAUGGUUCGGACAUUAUACUGGAUAUAAUUAUUUUGAAUAAUAUACAUGUAGUUGUUGUUGUUGUUGUUGUUGUUAUAUGAAGAAAAAAGCCAGUGACUGAUGACAUAAAAUCAUUAUUUAUAUUACACCAUUGAAAUGUUGUUUAAGUGAAAUACUUGUAUUGUUCCGUCAUGUUCAUACAGCCGUUAAUGUAUAGUGUAUAUUUAGACGUGUAAGCGUAGACUUGAUCAUACGGACGGACGGGUGUACACGACAAGAGCUUACACGAAGAUUCGAAGGGUCUUUAUCUGCAAUUUAAAAAGGUUAAAGCUGAGAGUUUUUUUAUACCUGUUUUGUCGCCUCUCUGUAUCCCACUCCAUCUCGGUUGUAUCCCCCCAACAUCCCCACUCGGCUGUAUUAUCCCUACCCCACAUCCCCACUCGGCUGUAUUAUCCCUACCCCACAUCCCCACUCGGCUGUAUCAUUUCCUACCCCACAUCCCCACUCGGCUGUAUCCCUCCCUACCCCACAUCCCCACUCGGCUGUAUCAUUUCCCACCCCACAUCCCCACACGGCUGUAUCCCUAUAUCCCCGCUCCUCUCUCGACCCUCUCAUACAAACUGUAUAUCAGCUAUACAUGUAACUUCACGUGAAGCAGUCAUAAUCAUUCUCUGUAACUUAGAUCUCUUAGGUAGAUAAAGACAUUUGGUUUAGGGGUUAGCGAACUAAGAUAAUAUUAAAUAUUGAUAUUAAAAUUUGCUUCCUACUGUUGUUCUCAUAUCUACCUAUAUAGAUACAGCUUUU